CAUCUGUCUUGUCACCUGAUCGAAUCCAGGAAGCAAAGCGCAACAAGCCCUGCAAUCUGGCAUCCCUGUCGUUAUCGACAGAGAAAGACUAACUAGAUCGAUAUCUUAGUUCAUUAAGUCACACAGCGACACCAUGGUUCAAUGUUUCCUGAUCCAUACCGUUAACCCGGUAAGCACUCUGGCCCCCGGGGAGAGCCGCGUGCUCUACUCCCGUGUGUUUGGACCGGAGGAGGGCGCGCUGACCGGGGCGGACAGUGAACUGGGACCGGAACAGAGGCGGCUUCUGCAAAAUGAGAAGGUAGCGGUGGUGGCGAGGCAGGUGCGUAGUGCAGUGACCCUGUCCCGUGAGGCGUCAGGCCGGGUGUUGGUAGAGACCGUACUGGGAGAGGAGCUGGUGGCUCUCCAAGAGGCUGACAGCGGGGUUCAGCGGCUGGGGAGGGGAGACCCCUGGGCUGGGGAGAGGAGUGCUCUGUGGCUGGGGGUCCAGAGCCUAGCCUUCACCCUGGUCACUGAGCCCCAUGAGAACCUGCUUCUGGCUGAGGGGACCCUGAAGAGCAUCACCAGACACUGUCUGGAACAUCUACGCAUGCUGGGGACGGGGAGUGAGGUCCUGUUGAAGAGUGACCGUAUCGAUGUCCUGCUCCAUCGUCUAUUACCACACGGUCAGCUGCUGUUCCUCAACCAUCGCUUCACUCAGAGUCUGGAGAAGGAGCUGGCUCAUUACAUGGCCCAAUGAGAGAGAAGGAGAGGAUGGCGUAUUAUGCCAAAAAGAAGGUCUGAAAAUGGCGAGAUGCCAUCCAAACUUUAAAAAAAAACGAAUAGCUUGUUGUUCAACUUAAUGUUGAAAACAUUUUUAUUACGCCGCUCUCUAAUGAACACUACCCUUGGAGAAUAGGAGUGAACUACACGGACCUUCUUCUUCUCUCCCUUGGGAUAGCACGGGCAAACAGGAAGUGGGUUGAUACCACGGGCUAACAGGAAGUGAGUUGACCUGAGGGGUCCAGAACAGAAAGACACAACUAUCCAUCACACAGAGACUGUUAUUGUCACAAAGCUGCAUUCAAUAAUGGCCUGAAGAGUGGGAGGGGGAG